UGGAGAAGCCAGAUGAGGCCUAUCACUGGCAGAAACACAUGCCAAAGCCAAAAGAAAGGGUGUCUGUUAAAAGAACCUUAAAGGAACAUUCAUACAACCAUGUUUUUCACACAGUAAUUGCAAUUACAAUGUAAACACUUGGUUACUUGAAACCUGAGUUACAUGUCAGCUACUCCAAACCAAACUUUUCAGCAUAGACUUCCUCAGUUCAGCGAUCCAUGAAACUGUCUUCAACUUGGCCUUUAAGCCUCUCAGUGGUGCAUUCAUUGCUGUCGUGAUCUAGUCCAUCCACCUUGCUGCUGGUUGUCCUCUUCUCUUUCCUUCAACUUUUCCCAGCAUUAUAGACUUUUCAAGGGAGCUGGGUCUUUGCAUAAUGUGUCCGAAGUAUGGUAGUUUUCACAAUUCUAGCUAGCCUUUAUAUAGUGCUUUGAGUAUUCAGAGGGCUUUGUGUGCAUUAUUAUAGUAAUCCUCACAACAACUCUGCAAAGUAUCCCAUUAUUAUCAUACUACAGAUGAGAGAGUAGCUUGGCUAAGAUGAUCUGCUGGAUUCAUGGGUGAGGUGAUGUUUGAAAAAUGGAUUUCACAGUUCACCCUCUUAAGGUGUGUUCUGACAUCAUGUAGAAUCAUGGUUUAUUUUGACUAAAGUUUAUUUAACAAAUCUCUAUUCAUGCCACAAGUGGUCAAUAGAUCUUGGCUUGUUUAGUCAUAUUGUCGUUUAUUUAAGUUCCAUCCUUUUGUUUUUAGCCUCCAUGAUCUGGACUUGCUUUUCUCUUUGUGAGAGCCCUGCAAGGGCAUAGUUCCUGAAGCAAACUAGGAUUAAAUCACGAUUGUGGCUCAGAUUUCACACAAGACCAUGGAUAGGACAAACAAGGCAACUUUAAACCUUGAGUUCAGACUGUAGUUUGACUGCCCAAAUAAAACCAUGAUUUGUUGACUGGCAUGGUUUCAGAAUACACACUAACCAUAGUUAGACAAAUCCUUUUUCCUUGACAGGAAAAUUACUUCCUUUUCCAUUUCAAGUUUUCUUCUCUGCUUAGUUAAACUUAGUAGAGUUCAAGAAUAGACUGAUCUUCUUUCCUAAUUGAAUCACCAUAAUCCACCAAUGUGUGUUAAAUUUAAACAGCAAGAGUGCAUACUUAGGAUCCCUUAACAGUUGGCGUAGCAAAUCUGUGUAAAGCAAUCUCAUGUGUACUCUUGUUUAAGAACAUAUGAAGUGCCUUACUGUAUCAGAGUGAAGUCCACCUAGUGAAACAUUCUUUACAAGAAUCCAAGCAGGUAUUUGGUAAUCCACUAGACGUUGACCAGUCCAGUGGACUGUAGUCUACUGUCCGUCCACUCCUGUUUUAAUUUUUUUAAAUUCACCUCUUGCUCCUCUCACCGUUCAUCUACAUGCCUAUGCACAAAAAUUGCGCACAGAAAAAACCCCACUGUCAUAAAAGCGCACAAGAAAAAUGCCCACAUGGAAAAAUACACACAUAUAUAUUAUGCUCCAACGCAAUAAUUUUCUGUGUGGGCAUUUUUCUAUGUGGGCAUUUUUCAGUGUGAGUGAUUUUACAUGUGGGCAUUUUUUGUUGCAAGCAGUGUUCCGUGUGCGCAUUUUUCUUGUGCGCAUUUAUGACAGUGGUGUUUUUUCUGUGCACAAUUUUCUUGUGGGCUUUUUUCAUGUGCGUUUUUUUCAUAGAACCCUUUAAAAGACAUUGGCUGACAUCCAGACUAGCACUAGCAGUGCUGACUUCCUCACUAAUGCUUCACUGUUGCAUGAGCAGGGGAAAGUAUGAUUUUUGUCAAUCUCCCCUUUGCUCUGAAACCCACUAAGCAUAAUAAAAGCAUGUCCCUCAGAAUCACGCGAUAAAUAACCUCUCCUUUGGUUUAUCUAGAGCGACUCUCUAAUUUUCUGUGAUGCACUUGCUUGUGACAUGCUAUGGUCUAGAUCAGGGGUUCCUAUCUUUGUGUCCCCAGAUGUUGGACUACAACUAUCAACAUCCCCAGCCACAAUGGACCCCCAGUAGGCAUAUGGAUGCUGGGAGUUGUAGUCCAGCAACUAGAUUGCGUAGACUGAUCUUGGAGGAACUGAUGAGAGUAGUCCUGCCUUUGGGUAAGAGGUUGGAUUGGGUGGUCUUUGGGUCAUUCCCCCUCUUUUAAAUGAUCCCAGCCACACAGCACAGGAGGAAGGCAAACAAUCCCAGGAUCUUCCAGGACUGUACCUAUUGUACAGUUAGACUUUGCUUCUUGUCUUAACUCUGUAUUCUCUUGCUUUGUGGUGCUUAUUUUUUAUACUGAUCCGUUUUUAACUGUGCAAUUUUGAAUUGAUUAUUAUUAUUGAUUGCACUGUUUUUAUUCUGUAAGCUGCAUUGCAAGGCAGUGUAUAAAUAUGUAAAGUGAAUGAUAAGCAUAAACCUUGGAAUGACCUUAGAAGCACUAACAAACUCUUUAUUUGAAAUUAUUUGAAUUUUGUUGUGAUUCUAGGAAGUGAGCUUGACCUUGCAGGUCCAGACAGUCCUUGCAAAAACGACUAGAAUAACUUAAAUUGCUGAUAAAUGUGAAAGCAUCAGCUUUCUCCUCGUGUUUGGUUGCUUGAUUUUGUCAGUAUUUUCUACUAUUCCUGAACAUACAUGGCUUGCCACUAGUUGCCUCUUCAUUCUGUCGUCUCCCUUGCUGCUUCAGCUCCCGUAGCUCUUCCAUAUACCAUGGAGCUGAUUUUGGUCGGAAAUGACGCUUAGGAGCGAUUGUGUCUACUGACCUGGAGUCUGUCAUGAUUGUUGUCUUUGGUUUUGAAUUUAUUGUACGCAUCUGGUCUGCUGGCUGCUGUUGUCGAUACCGUGGAUGGCAAGGAAGGUUGCGAUUCGCAAGGAAACCAUUCUGUGUAAUAGACAUCAUUGUUCUCAUCGCUUCAAUAGCAGUUGUUUCUGCAAAAACUCAGGGUAACAUUUUUGCAACAUCAGCACUGAGAAGUCUUCGUUUCCUACAGAUCCUUCGUAUGGUGCGCAUGGACCGAAGAGGAGGGACUUGGAAAUUGUUAGGUUCAGUGGUUUAUGCACAUAGCAAGGAAUUAAUCACAGCCUGGUACAUCGGAUUUUUAGUACUCAUUUUUUCAUCUUUCCUUGUCUAUCUGGUGGAAAAAGAUGCAAAUGCUCAAUUUUCUACAUAUGCAGAUGCUCUGUGGUGGGGCACAAUCACAUUGACAACAAUUGGUUAUGGAGAUAAAACUCCUCUUACUUGGCUAGGAAGGCUGCUUUCUGCUGGAUUUGCAUUGCUUGGCAUUUCUUUCUUUGCAUUACCUGCUGGCAUUCUUGGGUCAGGAUUUGCAUUAAAAGUGCAGGAGCAGCAUCGUCAGAAACAUUUUGAGAAAAGAAGGAAUCCUGCUGCCAGUUUAAUUCAAUGUGUAUGGCGUAGUUAUGCGGCUGAUGAGAAAUCGGUUUCCAUUGCUACCUGGAAGCCUCAUUUGAAGGCCUUGCAUACCUGCAGCCCUACAAAGAAAGAACAAGGGGAAACAUCUAGCAGUCAAAAGCUAAGCUUUAAGGAACGGGUACGGAUGGCUAGCCCAAGAGGACAGAGUAUCAAGAACAGGCAACCUUCGGUUGGUGACAGAAGAUCACCAAGUACUGACAUUACUGCAGAGGGCAGCCCAACAAAAGUACAGAAGAGCUGGAGCUUCAAUGACCGAACACGCUUCCGACCUUCCCUGCGUUUGAAGAGUUCACAGCCAAAGCCAGUGCCAGAUACUGAUGCCACUCUUGGUACAGAUGAUCUAUAUGAUGAGAGAGGUUGCCAGUGUGAUGUAUCAGUAGAAGACCUCACGCCAGCACUCAGAACAGUUAUACGAGCUAUCCGAAUCAUGAAAUUUCAUGUUGCCAAAAGGAAGUUUAAAGAAACUUUGCGUCCCUAUGAUGUCAAAGACGUCAUUGAACAAUAUUCAGCAGGCCACUUGGAUAUGUUGUGCAGAAUUAAAAGUCUUCAGUCACGGGUUGACCAGAUUCUUGGAAGAGGACAAAUUACUUCCGACAAAAGAAGUCGAGAGAAAAAUACGGUGGAGAAUGAGACAGCGGAUGAUCUUAGCAUGCUUGGGCGCGUAGUCAAGGUGGAAAAACAGGUCCAAUCAAUAGAGUCAAAAUUAGACUCGCUGUUAGAUAUUUAUCAACAGGUCCUGAAGAAAGGAUCUGUAUCUGCACUGACUUUGGCUUCAUUUCAAAUGCCACCUUUUGAAUGUGAUCAGACUUCUGACUAUCAAAGUACUGCAGAUAGCAAAGAUUUGUCUAAUUCUGCCCAGACUAGUGGAUGUGUAUCCAGAUCAACCAGUGUCAACAUGCCAUGUGGCCUACAGCUUAUACUGACACCAAAUGAAUUUAAUCCUCAAGCUUACUAUGCUUUUAGUCCAACUAUGCAUAGUCAAGCCACACAGGUGCCAAAUGAUGGACCUGCAAAUCUAUCAGCUAACAAUGCACUAAACCAAAUAAACCAGAUACCUAAGUCAACAGCACCUACAACAUUACAGAUACCCCCCUUUUCAUCAGUAAAGCAUAUUAAUAGGCUGGAGCCUAUGCAUAUUAUUCCUAUGAGCACACAGGAAAAUACUUCUGAUGUCACCGCUUGCCUUGUAGCUUCAAAGGAUAAUGGACAAGUUGUACAGUCCAGUGUGACAAAGGAUCUUUCAUGGAGAAAAGGCUUUGAUACAGAAGGGGAACCCCUGGUCUCUGUGAAACCAAUAGUGCAAAUGGACUUAGGGAAAUCGCUAUCUGUACAAAACCUUUUACAGUCAACAGCAGAAGAACUGAAUGUGCAGAUUUCUGGAAGUGACACCAGUAGUUCAAGAGGAAGUCAAGAAUUAUACAGCAAAUGGAGGGAAUCAAAAUUAUUUAUAACUGAUGAAGAUUUGGAAACAGAGAGAGAAACUGAGACUUUUGAAGCCAUUUCCCACCCAUUAGUGGAAACGACUCUCUCUACUGACUCUCUAAGGACUGGAAUGUCAAGAUCAUCUCAAAGCAUUUGCAAGCCAGGAGACAGUACAGAUGCUCUCAGCCUGCCUCAUGUCAAACUUAAAUAGCAUUUGUGAAUUUUGUUCACAUGCUAAGUAAUCCUUUCAGUCAUACAUAUCAGAGCAUGGACAAUUUUGAAAGCCCUUUUAAUGAAUUUUUUUAAAAAUUAAAUAAAUCAGGAAGAAAGGCAGUUGUAUGAGUCCAUAUCUUUUAGUUGCAUGAAAAUGCAUGUUUAGGUGAUGGAUAAAAUUCAGAUUUAUACCUACAGUACUCUGUUCUUUCAUGUAGUACAGUAGGUAUAAAUUAGUAAAUGAAUGUUACAGAUUUAUAAAAGAACAAAAGAUUUGAACAUUUAGAAACUGUGCUGUUUCUACAGGACAGAAAUAAAAUUCUCAAGAUAUUAAAAGCACUUUCCUUCUGGUUUAAUACUAUAUAUGUCCUAAAUCAGACAAUAGUUACGUUUACAACAAAAAUAUUAUCUACAGCUGCUAACAAAGGAAACACAUAAUAUGAGAUUACAAAUGGCUGCUAGUUGCAAGCUACCAUUAAUCAUCUAUUUUAGAAUAUUGAUUUCUGUAUCCCUUUUGAGAUAUAGAACUGAUAAAAUACUUUGCACAGCACUUUUAGGUUUUCUUUGUGACAGAACCUUUUUUUUUUUUUUUUGCUAAAAAUGUACAAAACUCCAAGUUAUCAGGGAUGACCUUCAAUGUGAAAUUUUCUCUAUCUAAAUUUUUCUGAACUAAUUGAUGGUCACCUUAUGGAUCUGAAGUAUUUUGGAAAGGGAAUUAACAGAUAUUUGGUUGUAGAUAUAACAUAUUCUCCCUUUAUGAUGUAGUCUGUCCUCAGAACUGAGUUUUGAGACUGAAUGAUAGCACAAUCAGAAGUUGGGGAAAGAAGACAAAGUACUGGGUGAGAUAAGAGUAGAUCAAACAAGAACUGUAGAAAUUAAAGAAAGAGGAGAAAAAAUACUGUACAAGAAAUGAGAAUGAAGAAAACUGGAGGUACAAAAAAGAAUUUUUUUAAGUAUGUGUGCAAGAACAAGUGAGUAAUGUUGGGGGGAAACAGAAAGAAAGUUUGUAUAAUUCUAUCUUAUAAGUCAGAGACUGUUUCUCCCCACCACAUUUAAAAUACUUCUAGGAAAAUCCAAUUUGUCUGGCUGUGCUAAAAAUUAGUAGUCAUAUCCUCCAAGCAUCUGUACUGGCAAGAGCCAAAGGUUCAGCUACUGCCUGCAGAACUUUUUUGAAAAUACGAAUCUAAAAUCUGAUCUCUCCUCUGAGUAUAUGUUGCAGAACAGUUUCUGCCCCCGGCCCCACCUUGCUCCAACUCUGUCUAUAUAAGCUUGUGAUUCUUAGCCUACAGAAAAUGGAUUUCCCCCUCAACCUCUCCUCUUACUUUCUUGCUAAAUAUAAUUUGGACUGACCUGAAGCAACAAUACUAAUAAAUACUUACAAUUCUAUACUUGGUCUUUGCCACUGAAAUAUUUUAUGAGCAUAAGCACAUUCCAAUCCCACUUCCCAUAAUUAACCAAUACUGCUACUUAUAUCCCCAGAAAUUAUAUCCUGUAUGCUCAUGAGCAGGAUGUCUUGGGCUCAAGCUUCUCAAGUGAUUCCAGAGGCAUUCCACAAAUUAAAGGAGGCCACUCCUAGCUUACUUGGAACAUGUGAUGGUUUAUGAGCCAGGCCUGCUGAGAACAAUGUUAUACAGAAAAAUGUCACAAUAGUCUUAACUAUGGUUAAAUGCUGCAGAUCAUUCUGCAAACAAUUUAAACUGUUUACUCUGAAUCAGUUGUAAUUUCUGCCUCCAUAAUUCUUUUUAUACAGAAGAAUUUUCUGAAUGUUACAUCAUAAUCAUAUUAUAUGAAAGUACACACAAACUGUAAAGUGUUUACAUGGUGUCAUUCAUAUGAAACCUGCUGUUUUACAGCUGUUGCUUGGUCAAAACUUGAGGUAAAUUCCAAGAGAAGGCAUCAUGAAGCACAUGGCUGUCCUUCACUUUCCAUGCAAGUUUCCACAUUUUCCUUUUACAAUUUGUGUGUGUUUUUGCUGAAAGUUGAUUGCUGCAAGAUCUUUUGUGAGGAUUUUCCCUCUACCCCUCCCGCCACCCCCAGUAUCACAUUUGGGGCAGCAACUAGAGGCCCCUUCAUCAUAUUUGCCCUCCCCCAGCUGAUUCUGUCUACCCUUCCAAUUGCCAGAAUCAGAGGAAAAAGAGGGUGUUUUUUUAUGGCAGGCCAUUUUGCAGUGUGGUGGGACAAUGGACUUUGUCCUGCAACCUCUUAUUCCCUUGUCAACAUAACCCUUUGACAAAACUAUUUCCUGACCAGGAGAUUUACUUAUUUGGAUGUCCCGCCAAAAGUUAUAACAUUUAAAAUAUUGCAGAAUACCUACAAUGUCCAUCUCCUUUAUUUAUUGAAUGUUUUAUAGUGCCUUUUUGUGCUAUAUGUGAAAUCUCCUAAACCUGCAUUUAAGCCUAACAGAGGAGAUAAAAUGAGCAAGCAUGGCACAAGGCAAGCAACACAUGUAACAAUAAUGAGAAAUGUUUCCCUUUAAAAAAAAAAAAGAGGUAUCAUUCUGUCAAAUGUUUGUGGUAAGACCAGCAUCCAAGUGGAUCUCCAACUCAAUUUCUACUGAAGCAGAGCAGUUGCUGCUGCAAGGCAGCUAUAGUUGCUUGUCUUGGCUUAGAUGACUCACCUAUCAGAAACUGCUAUUUUUGCCUUAAUUAAAGGACAUGCUUGAGUCCUCAUAACGUUAAUUAUGCACAUAAUGAUGUAUGAGAAAGUGAAUGGCUACUUUCAAAAAUACAAACUAAUCAGGAAUAUAUCUUUUCAAAAUUACUGCUGACAAUUUGUAUUUCCCCCCUUUGUAUUGGCAAGUUUUUACAAAUACUCUUCUAAAGGUAUGUUUUUUUUCCUGCUGUUAAAUUGAUGGAAUUUAUAUAUUUAAAAUUUUUGAUCUGAAUGUUGAAAAGUGGAAUGGUAUUCAUAUUUCCUCAGUGGGAACUUAUAGAUGUGUAAUAUAAAAUGUGGGCCAUAUUUUAUAUUAUUGAAAUAAUUAACAAAAUCAAAAAUUGCCAAGAAUCUUUCCUGAAAUAUGUACUGAGCCCCUCAUUAUGCUGUCAUCUGCAUGAGUAGCUAUUUUCAUGCUUAUUUUCAUACUACUGAACUCAACAUAACAAAAGUGCAGUAUGAAGGACAAGGUCAAUAUGUCCAUUGUUAUUAAUUGAGAGUUGUUUAUGAGAGUGUGUAUAGGAGCAUAUGAAAGCUGUAAAAAGUUGGGGAAAAGAAUCUGAUCCUUCAAAUAGGUUUUGAAACUACAGUGUAAACAAAAUUGAUUUUUACCAGUAUGUAUGUUGUUUUUGAUUGACGAAAGAACUGAAAAGAAUAGUUUUGAUUAUGGUAUCUUUAGAAAGAUAUAUUUUCUUCCAUCACAUAUGAUAUAUUUUUAUUUAAAUAUGGAUAAAAUGUUCUAACCUAGAAUUCAGUAUGGCAAAGGUCAUACAUUUUUACCCACACUAUCCACAUAUCUUAUAUGUGUAUAUGAGAGAAGCAUACUUAAAUUGACUGUUUUAUUAAAUAUGGUGAUGGAUACUUCUCCUGUUCUGUGACCAGGCAAAUAAGUCUUGAACACUUUAUAAACUGCAAUGUCCAGUUUGGGCUUGCAGGCUUACUUAAUCGAAAUUCCGAUUAACUUACCUCAAUAAGAGUGUUGACCCAGUUAAGAGUAUGCAUGCUAGAGCUCAUACUUUUGCUAGGCAUCUGUUUAAAUUGAAAAUGGUAAUAUUCCAGUUAUUUCCUGAGGAAACUCAUGCUUAGCUAAAUUAAUCCAUAUAUCACAUUGACUCUUUAACAAUGAAUGCACAAAAUACUAACGGAAAAAAGGGAUAAAGAAAAGAAACAUUUAUAAAGCACAGAACAAAGUAGAAUUUAGCAGAAAAAGAGAAUUUAGCCGAAAAAGUAAAGGAAUAAAUGUUUACUCUGAAGUAAACCAAGUUGAAUUCAAUGGGACUUACUCACCUGUAAGGGCCAAACUACACAUUACACACAAACAUAUAGAAUAGUAACCCAUGGGUCUGGUUUUUGUUAACCAAAUGCCAUUGUGGAAGAGGCUGAUUAAGCAGAAAGGUAGGGGCACAAAGUGCUUAACUCUUUUCCUGCCUGCUGUUUCUUCAGCCCCAGUUACUGUAUUUCUUCCUGAAGUGGAUUUUCUUAUUUUAAAAAGGAAGAAAAAAGUACUGCUGGUUUAGUGUUACAUCAGUUUAUGUGUAAUGUGUCAUUUCCCCUUACGUGUGCUUAGAAUUGUAACCUUAGUUCCUGUCCUACAUGUUUCAGUGACAAGUUCACACAUAAAUGUGUUUAAGAUUAAGGACCUUAAUGCAUGAAUACAAGAGACUAAAUUUGUCCCUAUGUGAUUCUGUUGGCUUCGCUGGACAUACUUGCAGACAAAGACAACAAUUUGCCCUUUUGAGCCAUUUUUUCUUCUACUUGAAGGAAAUAUUAAUUUUAGUAGAGCUAAAUAUGGCAGAUUUUAGAUUUAAAAAUUGGUCAUAUUUCUGUUUUACUUUCCUCACCACCAAAUGUUUUGGCACAGUUCACAUUGAUUGCAACAUGAAGAUUCUAUAACUAUUUAAGUUAUUUACUAGGUUUUUAAAAUUCCCAGUCAUUCAGGUAGAUACAGGAUACAUUCAUAGAAGAAAUAUCUUCUGUUCUUGGGAGUGUUGGCAGAUACUUACUUUGGCCCAAAUAUAAGGGGAAGGUGCUGAAAGGUUGGUUUUAUGACAGUAAUGGAAAAACAGAUGGGACAUUUUCACUGAUGCUAAAGUGGCGCAAGCCAUUACAUUACAAUACAAUGUUAAUUGUAAUUUCAUGAUAAAAUGAAUCCAUAUUGUUGUUAAUAAAAAUGGUUUAAAAUAA